GCAUCAUGCACCAUUGUCUGCUAAGCCGCCAAGACUUUCAGAUCGCAUUUCGGGUCGCGAAUUGAGUCUUUAGUUGCUAUAUUUUAGUUUGUGAAAAGCUUUGAGGCGUUUUUUUAGUGCACAGCUAUGACUGAGGAAAAGAAGAAGGUCGUCAAAAAGGUGGUGAAGAAGAAGGUUGAGGAGGCACCACCGCCAGAGGAAAUUCAACAAGCUUUGGAGGAAGUGGAAGUUAAACAAGAAGAGGUGAUUCCAGAUGUCCCAUCGGAGCCGGAAUCGGAGCCGGAGUAUCCCGAUGAAGAAGAGAUUAAUAAAUUUGAACUGCUGCACGAGUUCGAGAAAAAGACCGAAGACUACUUGAAUAACUUUGACGAUUUGGUGGAAAAUCGGGCCAGGUGUCGAUCCAUGUACCUAAAGCUGCUGAAUCCGUUGCGAGAGUCAAUUGUGGCACUACUGCUUCGUUACAUCCAGAACGAUCUGCCACGUGAUGAUUACUUGUAUCAACACAUCAAGUGCUGCGAUGAGACUCCAGAACCACUGAACAGAGAGGACUUUGAGGCUCACUACAAAGAAGUUCACAAGCAAGCCAACAAAGGAAUCGAGCUCCUAGAGGAGCCAAUCAUCAAGGACUACCACCGGGCUGUAAAAAUGUACCUGGCACGGGGAGUUGUGUCGAAUGUUGAGUUGAUGUUCAAACUGCGACGGCUUUUGCGGAAGACAAACACGGUGCUGUUGGAGCAGUAAU